AAGUUUUUCCUGGACACCCGUUGUGGACCGAGAGGGUGAAAUUGGUCGUCUUGGUCUGAGGUGUAACCAUGGGAACGAGGAUGGAGGUGGCACAGCUUGAGGAAAGGAUGAACAUUGAGGACUACAGAAAGCUACAGGGCCUUUUCCUGGACUCCUCGGGCUCUCCUCGCCCUUUGUCCAGAACUGAAUUUGUCGAUCUGGCUUGGUCAUCGGUCGGUCGUGGCUCUAAAGAGGAAUACGGCCUCCUGUUUGACAGCGUGGUCUUCACUCAGGAGCACGGCAGCCUCCUUCUGGACGUCGAUGCGAUAAAGGAAGAGGAACGCGUCGAUUGGGGAGGCCUGUCAUCCUUUUUGCUACAAGAGCUUUCUGAUAAAGUGAAGAACAGCAGAACCAGAAGUGGGCCUCGCUGGAAGCCAGUGCGCACUUUGACCUGUCCGCAUCGAGACCCGGUUCAAAAGGUCCUGUGUCUGUGGGAUAUUUCUCGUCAGCUGUGUGUUCACCGUCUGGCCGGAGUCUUCCCAAAGACACAGGAGGACACACACACACUCCUGUUCCUCCACGAGGAGCAGCACCUCCUCUUUCUCUCCUUCAACAGCCUGCUUCUCCUGCUGGAGAGGAAGGAGGAGGAGGAGAGGAGCAGCCAUGAGCACCCUGUCACCUGUGUGCUGUACAACAGUCUGUUCAGACAGGCUGUCAGCAGCGACUCGGCCUCCUCUGUGAUCUGCUGGCGCGUCGACACGGGCCAAAAGGUCAAGCAGUUUCGCCGCUGCCAUGGAAACGCGGAGAUCUCCACGAUGGCCCUGGACGGUACGCAGACCCGGCUGUUUACUGCGGGCGCUGACGGAGAGGUCAAAGUGUGGGACUUCAACGGCCGCUGCCUCCACAGAAUGAACGCCGGCCUGGGUCGAUCUGUGGACAUCUCACAGGUGCUGCUGCUGAGGAGGAGUGUGCUGGUGAUGGGCUGGGACAGGAUGUUCACUGUUUUCCGUCUGCAUUCCUUCUCUCAGUCUUACGUUGAGCCGUCAGAGUGGAAGGGAGGCGUUCAGCAUCGCAGCAACGUGCUCUGUGCCGCCUUCCAGCCUCCACAGACGCUGGUCACAGGAAGCUAUGAUGGAGAGAUUAUCGAGUGGAACAGCAGCACAGAAAACGCUUUGAAGAAACUGCAGCCACUUACUGAACACAGAGAAGAUACUCAUCUUGGUGUGAAUGGAAAAGAAGAUGCUGAUAACUCCAUCGCCGUCACUAGACUGUUCUUUAUACCGGGACGCACACCUAAAGGCGGUGCAGACUUGGUGUCCUGUGGAGGUUCAGGUGUGGUCAGACUCUGGAACAGUGCCCACAGCCGUCUGGUGGGACAGUUCACAGCUCACAACAGCGACCUGGGGUCUAUUGUUAUGACCGUCAGUCCCUGCGGGAAAUAUGUAGUCACAGCUGAUAGAGAGGGGACACUCAAGACCUGGGACAUAGAGCAUUAUUAUCUUGAGCUACAUGAUGGAAUAACUGACGAACCUCCGAAACUACUGAGCAGUUUCCGUCCUCACCUUGAUCGUGUGAUGCACUUGGAGACGUGUCUCCAUGGCAACAGACUCCUCGUUCUCUCGGCGUCAUCAGACUGCAGUGUUGCACUUAGCUACCUGCGUGGAGAUAACGUGGGUCUGUUCGGACAGGAGGAGCAAUGGUGCUUGGAGAGAACUGGACCUUUGCACCCUCAGCAGGAAGCAGAGCGGAAACCGAGAGAGGAGGGAGGUGAGAGGUCACCUCCCAACGAGACACUCCCUGACCCAGGAACCUCUGCAGGGGGGGGAGAGGGGGGGGUAAAAGACGAAGGAGAGGACUGUGGCAGCAACGCAGGAGACAGCAGGAAACAUUUAUCUCGGUGAAGAGUUGAGUCUUCAGUACAAUGUAGUUAUGACAAUGAACAUCUUAGGUUGUCUCCCCAAAAACCUAAUAACUGUAUACAAUUCUGGAAAACUUAAGAGAAUGGAGACAGGAGAUUUACGUGUUUGACUUGCAUGAAAAUCUAUAAUAUAGACGUUUUGCACAGUCUUAAGUAGUGUGUCGAUACCACGCGCACGCACGCACGCACGCACGCACGCACGCACGCACGCACACACACACACACACAAUCCAUUCACCUCCCUCAGAAAGAACUAUUUCUUUCUUUCACACAUUCACAAUAGACGUUACAUGACUUACCGUCGCAGAAGGAGUCAAUAACAGGAAAUGUACGUGUAUGUGAGAUAGGUCUUCUAUUUUUCUCAGAAUUUAAACAAUGGUUAUAUAACUGUGCUGUUUUGUGUUUCAACCAUUUUCUUGAGCUUUCCUGGAAAGUAAGCUAUCGUUCCAAAGUACAAGGUUACUUCAUUCAGACUGAAAAGACG